AUGCCAAUAAGCCAGGGCACCUUGGUGUCUGAUUACUUCGGCGCGGGCCAGCCCCUAUUCCUGACUCCUUUGAUCGACAAGAAGGAGCUGGACAAGGCCAGGGCUCAGAGCCGCGUGGGAUACCUGGGCUUCGUGAAGGACGUGCCCAGUUACUCUGGCUUUCUGACCGUGAAUCCGAAUACGGGCAGCAAUAUCUUCUUCUGGUUCUUUCCUGCCAUGGAGAACCCCGAGACUGCUCCCGUGCUCAUGUGGCUGCAAGGUGGACCCGGCAGCUCUUCCAUGUUAGGCCUGUUUGUGGAACACGGGCCGUACUAUGUAGCCAAGGGUGGCGUCCCGAAGUUGCGAAAGACUACGUGGGCGCGGCGCUAUUCUAUGCUCUACGUGGACAACCCCGUGGGUGUGGGCUUCAGCUUCACGCAGGAGCCCCAGGGCUACACUCGGAACGACACCGACGUCGCCCGAGAUCUGUUAGAAGCAUUGCAGCAGUUCUUCACACUCUUUCCCGAGUACGUCAAGAAUGACUUCUACGUCACUGGAGAGUCCUACGCCGGCAAAUACAUCCCCGCUAUUGGAUACGUCAUCGACACCGCCGUCCAGCCGCGCGUCAAGAUCAACCUCAAGGGAAUCGCCAUCGGCAAUGGCGUAGUCGACCCCGUCACAAUGAUGGAUUACGCGGACUACCUCUACGGAAUCAGCCUGGUGGACAGAAACCAAGCAGCUGCCAUUCGACAGAAAACAGAUGCCGCCGUCGACUUAAUCAAACAAGGGCGCUAUCUAGACGCGAAUGAUGCGCAGGAACCCGUCUUCGACGGCAAGCCGAGCAUGUACGAAAACUUUACCGGCUUCACCAACUACUAUAAUUACCUGUACUCCAAGACGCCCGCGGAUCAAGGAUAUUACAGUUCAUUUCUUCAGACGACCCGAGUGCGCAAGGCGAUCCACGUCGGAAGCGUCAAUUUCUCCGACUUUAACACAGUGGUGUACGAUAAUUUUGACGGAGAUAAGAUGGCGUCUGCGAAGCCGUGGUUCACCGCUCUACUGGAGAGGUACAAGGUUCUCCUGUACAGCGGCCAGCUGGACGUCAUCGUGCCGUACCCCUUCACCGAAAACUUCCUCGCUUCCGUCAAUUGGUCCGGGGCGAGUGCGUUUGCGGACGUGCCCAGGCGGGUCUGGAGGACUCCAGGAGGCGACGUCUACGGCUAUGUCAGAAAGGUGGCCAACUUUACCGAGGUCUUGGUCCGAAACGGAGGACACAUCCUGCCCUACGAUCAACCCGAGGCGGCGUAUGACAUGAUUACGAAGUUUAUAGACGACAAGCCUUUUGUUUGAACGACCAAGGAAGGUGUUGACUGAACGACCGCAUCAGGGUUCCAUUUAUUGUGAGUUCUCAUGUGAAUUAAUCGGUUAUUUUGUUUGCUCUCAAAUCCCCAUUGUGUCUGUCUUUAUGAUGUACCGCGGCUGGUCAACCAGCUUGCUUGGAAAAAGCGUCACGUAAUCGCUCUGUCCCUCAGCCGUGAUUGUAUAAUUGGCAGGUUUUAAAUUUUAAGCAACAAUUAGUCAACGACCAUUGAUCGAUUGUCUAUUUGGCGAAUUUGACCAAUAUGACCAAUAUUGAGGCUAAAAGAAGUGUUCCAGCCUCAGCAGUAAUUCGGAAUUAUUGGCGUUUGGGGAACACAAUCCUUGGGAAUCGCAGAGUCUCAGCGACAAAAUAGAAUUACUAUAAUGCAGUUAUAUUAUUUUCUUCAUUGGUUUGUUUGAAAUACAAUUUAAUUAAGUGUCCUGGGCUAACUGCAAAACUAGAAGAGAAGAUACAAACAAAUGUAUAUGCCUUUUUACUUAAGUCAAGCUACCUGCUGCUAAGUACUAUCUUCCUUGGUGAUUGUAAAGUGAUAUUUAUGUGCUAUUUACGUAAAAAUUUGUGUUUAAUGC